AACCUACUCCCAUCCAAACAUUCGCAGACGACAGUGUUUCAACGGAGGCCACUGCUGAUCUCUCGUAAAGAAAGCCUUCCCUUCGUAGUUCACAGCGGCGCCUCCAGUACACUCACUCCGCAGUAAAACGACGUCCGUCGCACCGUGAAACAACACCGCCGAAGCUGAACCCUAAAACUUACGAUGCAGCACGACGAGGUCAUAUGGCAAGUUAUCAGGCACAACCAUUGCAGUUAUUUGGCCAAAAUUACGACGGGGAAUUUCUGUAGAAACCCUUACAACGUAACUGGGGUCUGUAACAGAAGUUCGUGCCCUUUGGCUAAUAGUCGAUAUGCCACUAUUCGAGAAGAUAAUGGAGUGUUUUAUCUUUACAUGAAAACUAUAGAACGGGCUCACAUGCCGAAAGAUUUGUGGGAAAGAGUAAAGCUGCCUAGGAAUUAUGAGAAGGCACUUGAAGUCAUAGACAAACAACUGAUGUAUUGGCCCAAGCUUCUUAUACACAAGAUAAAGCAACGACUGACUAAAAUGACCCAAAUGCGGAUACGUAUGAGGAAACUUGCCUUGAAGACGAGGGAGAAAAUAAUGACGACUCCAAGGAAACAGAUAAAGAGAGAGGCUCGAAGAGAAGAGAAGGCUGAAAAAGCAGCUUUGUUGGAAAAGUCUAUUGAAAAAGAGCUAUUGGAACGCCUUCAAAAAGGUGUUUAUCAACAAAGUGAUAUAUAUAAUUAUCCUCUUGAAGAGUACAAUAAAGUUCUUGAUAUGGAGAAUCUUCAACCUGUUGAGGAAGAGGAUGAAGAGGAGCUAGAGGUAGAAUAUGUAGAAGGAUAUGAUGAACUUGAAGAGGAAGAAGAUAUGGAGGAUUUUGGUGGUUUUGCUACUCACAAGUCACAGGCUGGAAGCUCUGAAGAAGAGGAUGAUGAAGAGGAAGAUGAUGAAGCAGUUGAUCAGAGUAGAGCAAAAAGGAAAAUGAUUUUAGCUUCAAAGAAACAUGAGAAGAAUGGCCUUGAUUCUAAAUCAAAGAAGACAAGGGUUCUUGUUGAGGUUGAGCAAGAGGAUGGUGAUGAAAGACAGAGGGUGGUACAGUAGUUGCAUUUGCCGUUUUUACGGAUAGAAGAAAACUGCUAAAGCAAAAACGGAAUUUUGAUUGUUGAGUCUUCUAAUUUUGUUCUUAUCCAUUUAAAAGUUAUAUAUACUUUCCAUCUCUCUUUUGAAUUUAUUUAAUGUUCUGAAGGAGUUCUGGCAAAUGCCAUAAAGUGUAUCUAGGGUAGUUUUAAAGAGACGGAGCAUCUCAUCUCUGCAUUUAAUCGGGCAUUAACAGUGACUGAUCCUUUUCUCGUGUCACGCUGCUCAGCAAGGUUUUGGAGACCUUUGUAAGUUUAGAGAAAGUUAAGCACAUUUUGUUACUUUUUUCUGAAA